CAAGCGUUGUAGACACUUUGAUAAAAAUGGCGGAAGCAGAUGAAUCCAACAAACCCUUGUUUGCAGGAUUGGCAGAUGUGUCAAUUUCUGAAGAUAUUCCUGUUGAGGGACAGAUCACAGUUCCGGUCGGCCCUCCAGCUCAAGAUGAUGAGUACUCUACACUUGAUGAGCCUGUUAAGGACACAAUUCUGAGAGACCUGAAAGCAGUUGGGAAAAAGUUUGUUCAUGUGAUGUAUCCCAAGAAAAGUUCAGCAUUAUUAAGAGAUUGGGAUCUUUGGGGCCCUUUGCUCCUUUGUGUCACUCUGGCUCUCAUGCUGCAGGGUGGCGCCGCAGACAAAAAGGAUGAUGGAGGUCCACAGUUUGCCGAGGUGUUUGUGAUCAUCUGGUUUGGCUCAGUCGUUAUCACUCUGAAUUCCAAACUUCUCGGAGGCACAAUUUCUUUCUUCCAGAGCCUCUGUGUGCUUGGAUACUGCAUCCUGCCCCUCACAGUGGCAAUGAUAAUCUGCCGGCUGGUUCUUCUUGGAGGGACUGGCACCGUUAGCUUCAUAGUCAGGCUCAUUAUGGUGGUUGCCUCAUUCAGUUGGUCUACCUUUGCCUCCACAGCAUUUCUGGCAGAUAGCCAGCCACCGAAUCGAAAAGCUCUGGUGGUCUACCCCAUCUUCCUCUUUUACUUUGUCAUUGGCUGGAUGGUUCUUACAUUUUCGCCAUCUCCCACCGCUGGACCUUGAAAUAUUAACCUGAUUAAACACAGAAGAUGGGUCCUUUGUGCAUGGCAAGAAAACAGUGGAUUCUAGAACUCACUUUUUUCCUGUAAUGGAACUGCAGAACUGUUAAUGCAGGCUCACUUGAAGAAAAAAAUAUUUUGUGAUGUUAGCAAAUGAAGGUGAUUAUGUUUUGGUUAAAAAAAAAAAAUGGCUAGCAUUUCUUUUUUUCCUGUUUAAAUCAAUUGAAUAUUUUGAGUAAUUUCAGUGCCAUUAUGGACAAUACGAAACUGGCUAUUGCCCUGGGUUUACUGCAAGAAACACUUUGAUUUUCUGUAUUUAAUAAAAGAGCUUAUGUACAGUAUGUGGAAAACAAGAUGCUUUCUUUAAUGAUAAAAGCAAAAUACUAAUUUCCCACUUGUUUCAUGUUUGUAAGCUCCAGUCUUUCAAUUCAGCCAGUAAUUUAAUUAGUUUCUUCCUCAUUUUUGUUUCAUAGCAGGUCAUUACUAUCUUGGGGUAAAAGAAAGGGGAAUUUUUUUUUUUUUUUUUAAAUUUCUAGCAGAUAAAUGUACCUUGUCUGUGUUAGUGGUACCAAACUCCUCUCAAAUUCCUUUGAAAAAGAACAGAACUAGAGUUAUCCCAGAAACACCAAGUAAAUCAUCUUUCUGUUCUAUACUUAAUUUAACUAAUUUUAUUUGUAACAAUUUAGUAAAGAAACUAAAUGUGAAACUAAGGGUGGAAAACAUCUUUCCUUGCACCUUCCUAAGACUGAUACUUCUGGUCUGUGUGUCAUAAAUUUGUUUUUUUUUUUUUGUACUUAUAAAUGAGAGUACUACUGUAUGGGAACAGUUGGUAGUAUAGUGGCUGCUGGCUUUGGGUCCAAAGGUUGCAGGUUCAAUCACUACUUUUGGUUGUAGUGCCCUUGA